AUGUGGCAAUUCCUUUCAAGAUUCUUGGAUGUGAAAGUGGACGAAGAGGUUCAGGAACCAACGGCAAGAAAUCCAGAAAUAAAAACUGUAACCAGGUCCAGCGAUGAGCACGAUAAUCAUUGUUGUCGGGAUCAUACUGGAGAAAAUUUUAAUUUUGACUGUUUGGAAGAAAACAAGAACAAGAACAAGAACGAGAAAGGAGCUAAAGAAUUUCGAGAUUUCGUUGUGAACCAUGCUGAUAUGGAAGAAAAAGGGGAGUUACUAAGUGCUUCAAUAUCAGUUGAAAAAAAAUCAGAAAUAUUUGGUGAAAUCAACACGUCAAAAACCUCAGAUGAACCUAUAAGUGAUAGUGGUUCGAGAGUAGAUGAAGCAUCAAAUAAAAUAUCUACCAUUUCUUUUCCUUCAUCAAAUGAAACAGCCAGGAAAUAUUCGAAAGAAGAAAAAGAUGUUCCACUUGUGAAUGGGUCCGAUCAAGAUUUCCAGAUUGAUGGAAUAUCAGUGGGAACCAUAGUGACGCAAAAUUUUGAUAGAGAAUCCUAUAUUCACAAUACUGUGGUUCCAAAACUAAAAGAAUUCGCAACGAAAGAAUCAUGGUAUGACCUUGGAAACAUAAUUAGAUCCAAAAGAACAGAAAAAGGGGAUGAGAACAUUCAGAAGAACAUGUGUCAAUAUUAUAAACUGUGGAGUAGAGUGCAACUUAUGGAUAUUAAUCAUAUGAUUGUACUGCUAACCACCCUUGGGCAAUGGCAUGGGUGGAAUUUAGCUUUCCAAGACCAGAACCCUGAGGAGUUCCAUAUCUGGACGGGUAAAUUGAACAAUGUGAUGUCGAAUUAUUUCGAGAAAGAGUCGUUUUUGAGGAUCAUCAUCAAGAACAUGAAAAAAGUGCUGAAGAUGCUCGAAAGCAAUGGCUAUCACGAACUGGUCGAUAAAUAUAUGAAAAAAAUGGGGUUCUUGGGCGAUAUACUUCUGCGCAAGACAAACGAAGUUUCUGUGAUUGCUUUUCAUGCAGACUGUUGGAUUGAUAACAUUGUUUUUGGAUAUAAAAUUACUGGUGGUGUGUUGAAACCAUCUGAUGCAUCUUUCGCCAAUGUUCAACUGUCUAUGGUAGACUCGCCAAUCAAGGACCUCAGCUACCUCUUUUACACUUACAGCGAUGAAGACACACUUCAAGAUUUCGAUUUCUUGCUUCAGGUCUACCACCACGCCCUGACUAAUACAAUGGAAAGAUUGGGCAGUGAUGCAAAUAACGUGUUUUCCUUUGAAAAAUUGAAAAAGGAAUGGAGAAAGUACGGCAUGUUCGGAGUGAUUAUGAAUUUAUUCGAAAUGUUCGAUGAUGGUGAUGUAGACAAGCAUGGGAGGGGUAUUAUUGACCCAACGCUGGACCAAAAAAUUCACGAGGAGUAUAAUAGCAGGGUUUUAAAUCUUUUUGUUCAUUUCGGGAAGAAUUUUCUGUGAAAACUGAAAACACUGGUAUUCUUGUCAAACCUACAUUCUUAUGUAAUGAAUGAAAACUUCUAAUUGGUUUUUUUUUCGAAUAUUUUAUCUUUUUCUUUGCUGCAAAACCGUUUUGUUAACAUUGUGAACUGGAA